AUGCGGCUACUAUAUACCACAACCGAUGGGGGAAUCGCAUGGACAAAGGACAUCAUUCGCAGCGAGGACAUGCCUCGCUAUGCGAUCCUCUCACAUACUUGGGGGGAGCAAGAGGUAACCUUUGACGAUCUCAGAAGUCUCGGUAGUAUGAAUGAUGUGGAGGCUAGAAAUGAGGCGAUAGCAAGGAAAAGAGAGGGUUGGGACAAGAUUCGCUUCUGUGCAGCACAGGCAAAGCAUGACGGCAUCGACCAUUUCUGGGUAGACACUUGCUGCAUCGACAAGGCGAAUAACACGGAGCUUUCAGAGGCGAUCAACUCCAUGUUCCGCUGGUACCAAAACUCGCAAAAGUGCUACGUGUUUCUCACGGACGUCAAGGGCAAAUCCUCGGACGAGACCGGCGAACCAUCUUCAAGAUGGAAGGCAGCUUUUAAGACGAGCAGAUGGUUCACUCGAGGCUGGACGCUUCAAGAACUUUUGGCUCCGCGCCUCGUCGAAUUCUUUGCUGCAGAUGGAGCUUGGUUAGGGGAUAAAGAGUCGAUGGAACAGGUUAUACACGAGGUUACCAGAAUACCCAUAGAAGCUCUGUCAGGGAGUGAUUUGUCUGCGUUCAACGUUGAUGUACGGCUAUCUUGGGCACUCAGUCGCCAGACGACACGUGAAGAAGACGGGGCCUAUUGUCUUCUGGGCAUAUUCGACUGCCACCUGCCUUUGAUCUAUGGUGAAGGCAAAGAAAGCGCUUUCAAGCGCCUGAGGAAAGAAAUACAAGGUGAAGAGCGUCUCAGAAAGAUAAGCAGCUGGCUUUUAGCGCCUGACCCGACCAUUAACUACCACAAAGCGCACGAGCAGCGGCAAGCUAAUACCGGACUUUGGCUGCUGGAAGGCGCAGGCUUCAAGAGAUGGAAGCUGAGUGCAGCGUCGAAACUGUGGCUGUAUGGGAUCCCAGGAUGCGGCAAGACGAUUCUGAGUUCUACUAUCAUCGAGCAUUUGCAGCAGUACUGCGAUGAGGACGAUCGGAUGGUGACAGUAUAUUUUUACUUUGACUUCAACGAUGCGCAGAAACGGGAUCCAGGAUUGAUGCUUCGCUCACUACUCCGCCAGCUCUUGGAGCAUUCGGUCAUGAUACCCGAGGGUGUUGACGCGCUGUUCUCGUCUUGCGGGAAUGGACGACAACCGCCGUCAGUGUACGCACUUCUAGAGGUGGCACCGCAAGUGAUAAGGAUGUUCACCCAUGUCUAUGUUGUUCUUGAUGCCCUAGACGAGUGUACACAACGUCCACAACUGAUGGACAUGCUCGAAACAAUGUUUGGAUGGCAGCUUGGCACGUUACAUCUGCUUGUAACCAGUCGCAAAGAGCGGGAUAUCGAGAUGUCUUUGGAAAAUUACGUCAAGAAAGAUGAAAUCAUCUGUCUGCAGAGCGAUGUAGUAGACCAAGACAUAUCGCUUUUCGUCCAAGAAAGGCUACGUGAGGAUAAGAGGCUGGCAAAGUGGAAGAUGAACGCCCGCAUUGUACAGGAAAUUGAAGCUACACUGAUGCGCGGUGCUCGGGGAAUGUUCCGAUGGGCGUCACUUGCCGCUUUACCGCCAACGCUAGAUCAGACAUACGACCGAAUUCUCACUGCCAUAAGCGAGGACGACUGCGUCUACGCGAAGCGCAUCCUGCAGUGGCUAACUUUCUCUACAAGACCGUUGUAUCUCGAAGAAAUCGCGGAAGCCGUUGCUAUUGAUGUCACUCGCGAACCGGGUUUCGAUCGUGACGAAGUGCUCGUGGACCCGCUCGAAGCAUUGGACAUUUGUUCCAGUCUGGUUGCUAUCACAACGAUCAAGCAAGGGCCGUCGGAGCAGUACAGCAUGCAAGAAGUAGAGAGUCACGAAGCGCUGGCGAGAGCUUGUUUGAUUUACUUGAACCAAAUUCCACGUAAUUUCGUCCCAGAAUUCGACCAAUUCGACUUUGAGCUCGCUCAGUACUCCGCAGAGUCUUGCUAUGCGUCUGUUCUCGAUGCUUAA